AUGGCACCUUCGCUCUCUGGCCAGAGCUGUAACAUGAAAACGCCUGUCCUCGCUGGCAACAGAGCUAAAGUGGAUCUAUUUCAGGUGCUGUACUUCAGGAGGCUGGUGCAUAGAGACAUGACAGAAUGGACGUUGCUCAAGAGGCUGCUGGAUGCUGUGCACCAGCACUCCACCAUGAUCGGACGGCUGUGGCUCACCGUUAUGGUGAUUUUCCGUCUGCUGAUUGUGGCCGUGGCGACUGAGGAUGUCUACACGGACGAGCAGGAGAUGUUCGUCUGCAAUACCCUUCAACCGGGGUGUCCCAAUGUCUGCUACGAUGCCUUCGCCCCCAUCUCACAACCUCGAUUCUGGGUCUUUCAGAUCAUUACAGUUUCUACGCCAUCACUUUGCUUUAUCAUCUAUACCUGGCACAAUCUGUCCAAGCAGUCAGAUGGCGAGCAGGCAAUUGAAACAUACGACCGCAGUUGCGACUCGGACAGUUGCUCAAUUAAGUCACACAGGCACCUGGGUCACAGUCUGGCUGACAUUCUUGAGGGCAUCACCAACCAGAGCACCCAGAAAAGCACCCCGGCAUUGCGGGAAAGCGGUGCUCCGACUAAAAGCUCAUUAGGGGUGCUCUCCAAGUACUACGUCUUCCAUGUGUGUUUCCGAGCAGUUUUGGAAGUUGGCUUUGUGAUAGCGCAGUGGCUCCUUUUCGGUUUCCAAGUUCCUGCUCACUUUGUGUGUAUGGCUACUCCUUGUAUGCAGAUGGUUGACUGCUAUGUCUCACGUCCCACUGAGAAAACCAUCUUCCUGAUCUUCAUGUUUUGCGUUGGGGUCUUCUGCAUCUUCCUCAACUUCUUAGAGCUCAAUCAUUUGGGCUGGAAGAUGAUUAAGAAGUCCAUGCUCAACAAGGACAGCUCUUGGAGGGGAUAUGGCGCUAUAAACCAAGACACCCAAUCUAUGGCCUCCCUAACUUUCAGAGAUGUGACCAGCACUACUUCUUUGCCUGCAUUAGAUCUAGUAGUGGACCACCAGCUAGACUGGACCUGUGCUGGUAAUUGCUCAACCAACAAAGAAAAGGAUUCCCGGCAAGCAGACGCCUACAGGGGAACACAAUCACUCAAGGGUAAAUCGCAGUCGAACAAAGGAAGAGGGUCAAAGCAAAGCAGCGCUGAGGUUUGGAUAUAA